AACGCACAAAUUUUCACUCUCCUUUUCUAAUCUCUCUCUCUCUCUCUCUCUCUCUCUUUCUAUUUCUCAUGGAGGAAGAAGACGAUCAGAAGCAGUCCAAAUGGCAAGGCAAAACCUCCGCCGAGCUGAAACUCACGGUAGCGGAGCAAGCCUGGACGGCCCUGGCCGAUUUCUGCAACUUACACAAGUGGUUCCCAAUGCUUGCCACGUGCCUCCAAGUGGAGGGCGUCCCUGGCCAGCCGGGUGUGAUCCGGUACUGCGCGAGUGCGCCUGUUGAUAAUGAUGAGUCCAGCAUCAAGUGGACUAAAGAGAAGUUGUUGACCAUUGAUCCGAUCCAACGGUGCUUGAGCUACGAGAUCACGGAGAGCAAUCUCGGGUUUAAGUCGUACGUUGCAACAAUGCAAGUAGUUGCGAUGGACGGCGGAGAUGGGUGCAAGAUUGAGUGGUCGGUUGUUUGCGAUCCGAUCGAAGGGUGGGGGUUGGAUGAUUUUCUUUCGAAUCUUGAUUCUUCUCUUCAACUGAUAGGAAAGACGAUCAUGGAGCAUGCUCCUCCAUCUACUACUAAUUGAUAUUUUUGUGUGCUUAUGGUAUUAGCAUGUUUAUGUAUUUGUAAUGAAUUUCUCUUCGCGUUUA